AUGGGACAGAAACAAUUUAAAGACUUUGUACAGCAAAGGUGGACUGGACCACUUCAACAGCAACCAAAUAACGAGCAAGGGGAGACCAAGGUUCAAUUUACGGAUACAAUGCACAAGAACAAUGCUAUUACUUUCGAUUCGUUGUAUCAAGUCGCCGAAGGGGGCAAAAAGAAAGAAAAGAACACGAUGUUACGGGCUGACAGGAGUGUUUUACAGCGUCUUAUCGUUGCUUACGGAGCUGGUCGAGAAGUAGAUUUACAUAAUGUUUUGUCGCAUCAGCUAAUGUCCGUACCCAUAUCAUUAGCGGAAACGAAUGGUAAACUUAGAACUGGCCAGAAAGCAGCGCUGGCUGAUGUUCUCACCAGGGGAAUUGAAUGUCCGAGUGCUAUAGAUUUGCAAGGAAGUGGAUGUUUACUGAUUGACGGCAUGACCUUCGGAGCCUAUGAAGAUAGAUUCGAAGAUGCCGUAUUGGUAGCAGGUUCGCGGUAUUAG